UGUUGUUUUGAUUUGGGUCCCUGGUGGUGAAAGUUGGAAUCAAGGGCUGGGUAUUGGUCGCUUCGGGACUUUCACCAAUACGUCGUUUCUUAGAACUGGCAAGGUGGGGUCUCAGGUCCAGUUUCCGCAAUCUGGCAACUUUUCAGAAAGGGACACUGGGGUAGUCACUUUUUCCUGUAGAGGCUUAUGGAGCGAUGUUCCUCCUUCUUCUCAUCCUUCGUGGUAAAGCAUAAUCAUAUGGCAAAGUUGGGAGAGCUACUGCAGUCCAUGGAAGCUAAGGAUUCGUCUGAGGAUGGAAUGGACGAGCCUCUGCUUCCACCGGUCCCAUCUCCACAGUUGGCAAAUAAUGCAGGACCAAUGGAAGACAUUGAAUUAAUCGAAAUUGAUGAUUCGUCUCUGGAUGGAUUGGACGUGCCUAUGCUUCCACUUGUCCUCUCUUCACAUUUGUUGAAAAAUGCAGAAUUAAUUGAAGCCAUUGCAGCAGAUGAAAGCUUCAUAAUUCAAGAAUGCGAUUACGAAACGAAUUCGUUGAUGUAAACCAAGAGAACUCCGGUUCUUUGGCUCACAAACUAGCUUUUCUCCACUUUUCAAAUGAACCCCCCAUCCACGGAAAUCUACCGCACCAACACUCCCGUUUUUCAUUGCGCACCUGGCAGCGUUAAUUCACUAUCACGGUCAAAUCGCAAUCUAAUGCACCCAAAAAUAAACGAAAAAACAAUUAGAGACGCGAAUGAAACUGGUAGGAAUAAAUCACGAGUGAAACGAUUGCACAGUUAGUAGAUGGGAAACAACUUUGAAAACAUUACAAUGACAAGGCUUUUGU